AGUUUGCUCUUUUUUAAGGUCGUAAGGAACACACUUUGUUCAUUUUGUACUCCUGCUCUUUCCACACCACUUGUGUAAUGAUUAGACACUUUCGCCUGAUUUAGGACACCGGGAUCUAGUUUCUGUUUUUGUUUUAUUUCAUUUUUUAAACAUUCUUUGCUAUCGACUCACGCGAAAAGAUAAAGUGACGGUGGUUCUUGGAGGACAGGCUACCUUAAAUCACUGGAUGACAUACGACCAACGCGUAUCUCCACCCAUCACACCCGAGAAGUCUAUUAAGAGGCGCCUCACCUACACCUCUUGUGACCGAGAGGGAGACGCCGGUGUGUCCGGUUCAUGCCAAAACUGGGGGAACAGACUGGACAUCGGCACACUUGCACGCGAAGCUUCACUGUUUUCGCCACAGUCAUCGGUUAUCGGAUGGACCAGCAUCCCAGCACCCGGAGCUGCACCAGCCGCGGUGCUUCGUCUUCGACGUGCGAGGCUGCCGCCCCCGCUGAGCCCUCCAUGAACCUGCACAUUCACUCCACCACCGGCACCCGCUUUGAGCUCUCGCUGCCCCAGGAGGAGACAGUGGACGGGUUGAAGAGAAGGCUGUCGCAGCGACUGAAAGUACCCAAAGAGAGGCUCGCCUUGCUGCACAAAGAAACGAGACUAAGUUCAGGCAAACUCCAGGAUCUUGGCAUCUCCAAUGGGAGCAAGUUAACACUCGUUCCGACCGUCGAAGCAGGAUUAAUGUCUCAAGCAUCAAGACCCGAGCAAUCAGUAAUGCAAGCUUUGGAGAGUUUAACGGAAACUCAGGUCAGUGACUUCCUGUCCGGCCGCUCCCCCCUCACCCUGGCAUUGCGAGUAGGCGAUCACAUGAUGUUCGUCCAGCUCCAGUUAGCGGCGCAGCAGUCGGGUGGGCCACAGCUCCAGCACAGGCACCUUAUCACGCGGGGAAACUCGGACACUGCGGCAAGCCAGCCCACAGGACAGCUGUGCGCCCCCCUCCCACAGUCCACCCAUCACCUCCACCCUCAUCAUCCACACUCCACUCCCUCAUCCUCGAGCACCUUCCCCCUUCCCUCGACACACCACCAGCAGCUACCCCCCAUGUACCACCAGUCUCCCUCCUCCUCCUCCACUCCACACUGCAGCACCGCCACCCCUCCGCCGCCUCCCUCCCACUCCCCGCGCCAGGUGCAUGCUUUCCGCUCUCCUCCCCAUCACCUUCAUCAUCAUCACCACCACUAUCACCAGCCUUCUUCAGGCCAGCCCAGCCACGAUGUCGGCCGAGCCAGCCCUGUAGCCCCUGUUUUGUGCCCUGAGGCUACCUGCAGCACCAACAGCCCCACUACUGGCACCAGCUCAUCGGCACGCUCCCGUAAACCUGGCGCCAUCAUUGAGAGCUUUGUUAACCACGCUCCCGGAGUCUUUUCAGGGACCUUUUCAGGCACUUUGCACCCAAACUGUCAGGACAGCAGCGGGCGUCCCAGACGGGAUAUAGGUACCAUCCUUCAGAUCCUCAACGACCUCCUGAGUGCCACGCGCCACUACCAGGGCAUGCCUCCAUCCCUCACCCAGCUCCGCUACCAAACCCAGUGUGGCACACCCAACUCGCCGUCCCCGUCCCCGCCGCCAUCUUCGCCCCCAGUCGCCGGCAUGACGGGUCUCUCUGCCAAAGCUACCUCGGUACCCGCUGGCAGCCCCGCGGCGACGCUUCAUCCGCUGGUGCAGUGCCAGAGCCAGAUCCGCAUGUGCAAGCCACCUGGUGACCGCGUCCGUCAGACAGAGAACCGUGCCACCCGCUGUAAGGUGGAGCGCCUGCAGCUGCUGAUGCAGCAGAAGCGACUGCGCAGGAAGGCUCGUCGGGAUCAGCGCGGCCCUUACCAGUGGCUGCCCAACCGCAAGGCGGGACGCAGCAACAGCAACAGCAGCAUGUCCAGCGAGGGCUCCCUGGACCUGGACUUUGACGACUCCGUGUGGAAGCCCGACGUUAAGGCUGACUUGAAGUCCGAGUUUGUCAUGGCCUGAGAGGGAAGGGUUGAAUUUCCAAAUGAGGAUAUAUGUGGCAGGAUUGCGCAUUGAUGAUGGACGAUCAACCGCUCGCCAUUUGUAGACUUAAAUCCUUGACUGGACUUUGUCUUAUGCUUGGACUGGAAUAGGACUUCUCUCAUAAGGUCUCACGAUACCUUCACUUUGAGCAUAUAGCGGAACUCCCUGGGUGGUGUUGGUGGUGGUAUUUUUACUUUUUGUGUUUAUGUGUGUGAUGAAGCGCACUCUGGACAAGGACGAAGAGCUCCAUGCUGGACUUUCAAGCAGGACACAAGCACCAGAUGCCUCAGUGUUCUCCUCACAAAACCCCGACAAACUUUAUCGGAUUAUUUGCGACGGGCAUUCUCACAAACUCACCAAGCAGCAGCAGCAGCAGCAGUCUGGUUCUGACCUGUUACAGGGUGGUUAAACUUCUUUUUGUCGUUGUUAUUGUUGUUGUUGAUGUUGUUGCUGUUGUUGUUUCUUUUUGUUUGAAAACUUACUAUUUUAUAAAAGAAUACAAAUGUAGCAUUGUUCACCAAGCAUUCAGGUUUUCAUAUAGAACAGUUCAAUGUGGAUUUUGCACAUGACCUUUGGAUUUUUUAAGUAUGUGCAAAAAGGAGGCGGAGCCUAAUAUGGACAUAUUGAUUGACCUCAGCGACAUAGGGUGGGGUUUCCCAAACUUUUCCAGCCAUAAUUACAAAAAUGUAUCAUAUAUAGACGUAUACUAUUCCACUUUCCCCCCCAUUUGACAAUAAUAACCUGGUACAUGUUGAACACAGGAAGUGAACAAACGAUCGGGAACUGUUGAGGCAUGGAGACGGGAUGUCUCCUUUUUCGGUCAUGUUGAGUUGUGUCUACUGAAUUCCUAAUCAAUAUAUUGCCAUGUACCGUCAAUAAACAUGAUAAUGAACCCAAAAGAUGACAUCAAAAAGUGAAAAUUUGCAACUUGAUAAAAAAUUGACUCAAUUUGGGUCCCUUAAGUUUGGAAAACCCUGUUAAUAGUAUAGAUGAUUAACAGAAAGUGCUUUAGUGGGGGAUUUUACAAAACAAAUAUUACAUUUAAUAUGAGAAAAAAAAUCUAUUUUUAUUUAUAUUCUGCUGUUUUCCAAAAGCAGCUAUCAUUAUGAUUAACAUUCAUUGAUGAUGCGUGGCUCCUGAAUCUUACUGGCUCAUAGAUUGUGUACAUACAUGUGACAAUUGGCAAAGAUUUAUUAUUAUUAGGGUGUGUGAUGACUUAGGGUGUAAAUCGAGUUGGAAUACUCUGCCCCCCCCAAUAGAUUUUUGUCACCAAUUCAAUCCUCCUACCAAUGACGAUAUGACUUGUGAUCAGUUACCCAGUGCCUCCACCAGGACAAUGCAUGAACAUAUCAGGUUCGGCCUUUUCACAGUUUUUUGCUGCUACACACUUUUAAAAAAAAUGACAGGAAAAAACAAAUAAUAGCGGGGAAGAGUGUUCUUUGCAUGUUUUUCUGGGAUGGAAUCGAGAAAAAGAGGGGGGGACGUGCAUGAAUUUCUGAAGAAAAUUGAAAAAAAAAACAAUGCUGCUGUUUGUCGGUAAGGUUUUUGUCAUUUUUAUUUUUAUGUGUGUGUUGGGUGGAUUUAAAAAACAUGACAGAUGAAGUUAAGAACAUUCCUGUUGUUGAACUUCUUCAUCCUCUCAAAGGCUAUCCCACCUAGGAACUGUUAAGACGCACUGGCAGGGACUUGGAAAAAAAUGUCAGAUUUUGUGGCCGACCCGCCAACGAUUGCACUCCCAAGAGAUUGCAGUGAGAGAUUACUUUUUUUUUUGGGUGAACUUUUUUUUUUAAGUGGCCUUACCUUUCAUUGAAAAAAUGGGGACAAAAAGGGGUGUUUUUUGUUUUUCUGUGUCAGUUUGUCAUCAAGGCACCAUUUUUUUUUUGUCAGGGGGCAUCUGUUGUUUUAGUGCUUUCUAGCUGGUGGAGUCUCUAUUAUGUCAAGGCUUCUGUGCCUUAAAAUGUUGCCCUCACUGUGUCAGGUUUCUUUCCGUUCAUCCAUGAACAUGACUGUAGUAUUAGUCGCCCAUUCAAAAAUUUUCCUCAAAUAUUGUCCCGAUUUCCCUGGCCUCACUCUUCUCCCUCAUGGCUGCAAAAAAAAAAAAAAAAAACGGUCCUGUGAGGACGACAUGCACUUCCUUCCCCGCCCCCAACAUAACAAAAAAGGACAAUUGACCUGGACCCUUUUUGUCAAAUUCUAUUUAUUUCUUUUUAUAUAUGUAUCAGCUAUACUCUGUGUGCCUCAUGUCUGUGAAAUUGACACAAAAAGAGAGAGAGCAUUACAGAGAAGACACAUGAUCACAAGUUGUUUUAAGUUCAUUCUUGUAGCUAACUAUUGAUACUGAACCGGAUUCAAGAAUACAAUUUUACCAAUGUUCUAGCUCUAGACCGGUGUAGCACAUGUGUGACUGUAUUAAUUUAUGAAACCAAAAUGGUAACUGUGAAUUAUGUAUUUUCUUUGUGGCAUUUUUUUUCUUAAAUCGAGGGGGGCAGAAAUAAGAGGCAGCAGCUCUUUGCUUGUGUCUGGAUUUUUUUUUGGGUGGAAAUACAACAGAAACAAAACAGGAAAAAAAAGAAAAUAUAUACGAAUAUAUUUUUUUCUUAAGCAAUACAUUUCAGUGUGACUUGUGAUAGAACAUUUUCUUUUUUUUAGGUAAUAAAUAAAUAAAAACAGAGCCAAAAUGAGAACACAA